CCUCCACCUGCGGCGGCGGUAGAGGUCACGUAGCCCUCGUCGCUCGUCGGAGCGUCUUGGAUCCUUCCUUGACCCUACUCAUCUCAGAUUCCGGCCAGAUGGAAGGCGGCGAGGGAUCCGGAUUCGAUGGGGCACACAUGAAGAAGCGGCGGAGCAGCGCGGUGAGGCGGCCGAGGCCGGAGGGCGGCCCUGCCGCGGUGCAGCGGGACAACGGCUCCCCUCCGCCGCUGUCGGUGACAUCCAGGAGCGCCCCGAGGAGUCUGCUGUUGACUUCGGACGAGAACGCCACCGGCCCCGACGGGGGCAACCGUAGGCGUGAGUUCCUCCUGAACGCUCCGUCGCCGGAGCGCGCGACCAAGGGGAGCAUCCGGCUGCGUUCCGAGGCCGCAGCCGGUGGCUCCAGGAAGAGCGACGGUAGCAGCCAUGCCCCUGAGGGGAACCGUGAGAAGCUGGGGAAGGUGAAGCUCAAGAUUCGUAAUGUGCUACCGAAACCGAACCCUGAUACGUCGCCUGUGAAGCCCCCACGGCCUGUAGAUUCGCGGCACCAGCAAAAGCAUGGCCAUCUGAAGGAAGGCACAAAAGAUUCUGACAGGCCAACCUCUUCACGAGACAAGAAAGCCAGAAAGGAGAGGUCGAUUCAAGAAACAAUGGCACAUGUGCAAGCAGACAAAUUUCAGAGAGAACCUACUUCAGAUCCUGUACGGAAGAGUAGGAGGCUUGCUAAGAAAUCUGUGGACAAUGAAUUUGACGAGGACUUUGGUACAAGCAAUCUUGGAACUCCUGAAGAUUGGGAUGGUACUCGUGAGUCUAAGAGCAAAGGAAGUGGCUCUAAGAAGAGUGCCUCAAGGAAAGGGAAAAAUAGGAGCAAGGUGUAUGGGGCUGAUAACGAUUUUGUUACUUCCCGAUCUGGCAAGAAAAGAUCUAGAGAAUCAGCUGAUGAUGAUAAUACUGAAGAAGAACCAACCUCAGACAGUGAACCUGACGUUGAAGACACUGAACAGAAAACAACGGCGACUGAAUCACCUGUCAAUAUUAGAAGUGAACCUCUCACGACACGUCGCCGCGCCCUUCAAUCAUGGAUGGAUGGCAGCAGCAUCAGUACUGUCGAGUUCCCUGAUGGGCUACCUCCAGCUCCUUCGAGAAGCAAGAAGGACAAGCUUUCUGAAGAGGAAAUGCUUGCGAAGAAGGCUGAAGCUGCUCAGAGGCGCAGGAUGCAAGUGGAAAAGGCCACUAAAGAAAGUGAGGCGGAAGCUAUAAGGAAAAUAUUGGGCAUUGACUCUGAGAAGAAGAAAGAAGAGAGGAAGCAGAAGGAGCGAGGAGAGAAGGAGCGAGCUAGCAGAGCACAAAACAUGGCGGCAAACUCGAUCCGCUGGGUCAUGGGGCCCACCGGAACAGUUAUUUCGUUUCCACACGCAGUAGGCCUCCCCAGCAUCUUCGACUCCAAGCCACACAGCUAUCCUCCUCCACGGGAGAAAUGCGCUGGGCCAUCGUGCACGAACGAUUACAAGUACAGGCACUCCAAGCUGAACCUCCCCCUCUGCAGCCUCAAGUGCUACAAGGCCGUCCAAGGAAAUGCUUGAUAGGGCUCAGGGAACAUAAUGGUGGGGACUGGGGAGUUUGUGCUGUCUCCAUUGGCAUGCCAUCUAUGGCUGGAAAUAAGGCAUGAAGAUGAUGUGCAUCUAUGGUGGGAGUUCUAAAGGAUGCAAUGCAAUAAGGGUCUGCCUGCAAAUGUAUAGAAAUGGAUAUCUAUCUACAUGUAGAUUUGUGGGGUAGAGAUGUAGAAGAUCUUUUUGCUGAACCUGUGAUUAAAGAUGCCGGAUGUUAUUGCUAUCCCACAAUACGCAUCCUGUUUUUAGUUCUUUUG